AUGUCUACCACCGUAAAGAGCCUGAAAGUCACCUAUAACCCUGUUAAUAAGGACAACACUUUUACUAAUGGAGACUAUGUUUCAGGUAAUGUCACGCUGGAAGUGGCCAAAGACUGCCAGAUAGACUCCCUGUCAAUUAAAUUCAAGGGGAAAGCAGAAGUCCAGUGGACAGAGAACCACGGUAAAACUACUGUUGUUUACCACUCCAAGGAGAAGUACUUCAGCGUCAAACAUUUCUUUAUUCAGGACAAAGAUCGCAGAGGUAAAGUCAACACAUUAUUCUUUUGCUUUCCAGACUGCAGUGUUGUUGCCCCAGGAUGCCAUGUGUACCCAUUCACCUUUCAGAUCCCUCACCAGAAUAUUCCGUCCUCCUUCAAAGACCAUUAUGGUAAAAUUGUGUACCUGCUGGAAGCCCAGCUGAGCCGAUCAAUGAGAAUGAACACGAAAGAUUCAACUAAGAUCAACUUUGUGGCAAAGCCAGACCUGAACAGUGACCGUACACUAAUGACACCGCAGCAUGAAACCAAGGAUAAGAAAAUGAAUGUUUUCACCUCAGGAACUGUAUCCAUGGAUGUGAAUCUUGAAAAAGCAGGUUUCUUCCAAGGUGAGGGAUUAAAGGUUACGGCGUACAUUCAGAACAAGUCGUCUCGUGAGAUCAAGCCAAAGUACUGUGUGUACAGCAAACACAGCUUCUUUGCUGAAGGGAAGAGAAGACUCAAUACUAAUGACAUCUUUAAAGAGGUGGGAGAGCCAAUCCCUCCUUCUGCUUCCCAAAAUGUCACGAGAAUCCUCCAGAUCCCUCAUGAUCUGGAGCCCUCCAUCCUCAACUGCGGUAUCAUCACAGCAGAGUACAGACUCAGGGUCUACCUGGAUGUUAAAUAUGCUUCUGACCCAGAGAUCAAAUUUCCCAUCGUCAUCCUGCCGGCCUCUCAGGUUUCUGCCACGGCACCUCCACCUGCUGCCUCUGACUUUGGAUUUGAACCAUUUGGGAGCACCAACCCUCCAGCCUGGGGCAUUGCACCACCACAGCCACCAACAGCACCCCAAGCUUUUGAUGUUCCACCUCCCUACGGAGCAUAUGGAAUGUAUCCUUCUCUGACAGACUUUGGCAAGAAGUAG